UCAGUUGCUGCCUGAGAGUAGAAACCCCAGACGCAAGCAACGCAGCACUAUUUCGAUCAUUCGAUUGACGGGCAACCAGAGGUUGGCCACCCUCAGACAGUUACAAUUGUACAAGUGUGGCGCCGCCGGCCCGGCUCCAUGACCACAAGGCUUGAGACCUGUAGGAACCUCUUCAUAGCUCCCGUUGCUCAACGCCGGCUUCUGUAACCGAGUUGCUUGUCGGCUUUGAUGCCAAAUGUUUGACCAGGCUGAUGUCGGUGCAUCGUGGGUCUUGGCAGGCCUUAGGCCCCCCUUUGACCAUAAGCAUCCAGCAGGCUCCGAAUGCAGGGAGAGAAGCUGCGUGGUGCCCAAUCAUCUCGCGGACAGCAAGACAGACAUUGAAGGCUGUCUCUCAUCUUUGGCCUGGCCCUGGUUCCCAAGACGAAAAGCCCAGCCUAUGCACCCUUGGUACGCCGUGCAGACUCGGUCAUAUAUCGAUUCCCAGAAAAGCAAGUUCUGGCAGUUGAAGGUGCAGAAGCGUCUUUCCAGACUGUCGGUUGAUGCUUUUCCAGAAGAACGAUUCUUUGUCGUUCCAUAGGCGCGCACUUGUUUUGUCGGCACGCUGUCCGUCUAUUCCAAAUGGCCC